UCAUACACACAUGCCACUUGUCUGGUUGACGCCGUCAGCCCAGUAGUCAGGGCGCGCGUCUUUCAAGGUUUUCCAUUCCCUUGCUGGGGGUUCAGUCUGUGCGCUAUCACUAUGAGAGCAGUGUGGUUGAAGCGGUCGAUCGUCAUACUGGGGGGGAUCGGGCUCCUCGUCUACGUUGGCAUGUUUCUAAAGGGUGGACAAGAGCCUGACAAACAUCUGGAGACAAGCAUCAACAAUCUUCACAAUGUAGUCAGAGCUUUUGAGAAAAAGCAGGACACCAUGCAGAAAAUGCUGGAAGAGGACAGACUCAGAUGGAGAAAAGCUGCAGAGGUCGAACAGCCAACUGUCAAAACACAGCCAGAGCAGAAAGAGAAACCUGAAGCAAAAAUCCCGGACCAAAAGGAGACUCCUCAAGAGAAAAAGUCUAAUAAACUGUUUCCCAACUCUGCCCUGUUCAAGACGUGGGGGGAGAAUCUCUCGGAGGAUGACCAAAGAGAGGCACAGGAUUUGUUUGUCAAGUAUGGAUACAACGUUUUUCUCAGUGAUCGCCUUCCUCUAGAUCGAGCUCUUCCAGAUACCAGGGAUCCAAGGUGUCUGAAAAAGAGUUACCCAGAAGACUUACCAAAUAUUGGAGUAGUGUUGAUCUACCUGAAUGAGGCCCUGUCUAUUAUUAAAAGAGCUAUGCGCAGCAUCAUUGACCGCACCCCUAAACACCUGCUGAAGGAGAUCAUAUUGGUGGAUGACAAUAGCUCUGAAGAAAACCUGAAGGGUGACCUUGACUUGUACGUGAAGUCGAUCGAGCAGGAGAACCCAAGUCUCGCUAUCAUAAGGGUGAGGAACAAUGUGUCAUAUGGCCUGUCUCACGCCAGGGCGUCUGGCUGGAGGGCUGCUACUGCGGACGUGGUGGCCAUCCUGGAUGCACACAUCGAAGUCCAUGAGCUGUGGGCGGAACCCCUGCUGACCCAGAUCAAGGCUGACCGAACAGUGGUGACGUCCCCUGUGUUUGACAAAGUACUCUUUGAUGACCUCAAGGUUAUUCCAUACCAGCCAGCAUCACACGCCUUCGACUGGGCUUUAUGGUGCAUGUAUGAGAGUUUUUCGGACGAGUAUUACAAACUCAAUGACGGCUCGUUGCCUGGAAAAAGUCCAUCUGUCAUGGGGAUCCUAGUUGCUGAAAGAAAGUAUCUGGGAGAAGUCGGACUUCUCGAUGAAGGAAUGAAAGUGUACGGUGGAGAAAAUGUUGAGCUGGGAAUUCGAGUUUGGACAUGUGGAGGCAGUAUUGAAGUAGUUCCAUGCUCCAAGAUCGCCCACAUUGAGAGGAACCACAAGCCCUACAUGCCUGACCUGAGCAAAGCCAUGAAGAGAAACGCCCUGAGGGUAGCAGAAGUCUGGAUGGAUGAAUACAAACACAACGUCAACUUGGCUUGGAACUUGCCGUUUGAGAAUCACGGAAUUGACAUUGGGGAUAUCUCUGAAAGGAAAAAACUCAGGGAAAGGUUGAACUGUAAACCUUUCAAAUGGUACCUGGAAAAUGUGUAUCCCAAGUUGGAUCCCUUGACUAACCUAGUUGCCUAUGGAGGAAUAAGGAAUCUUGAUGCUGACCAGUGCAUAGACCAAGGACCAGUGCCAGGUCACACACCCAUUGCCUACAAUUGCUACUACUAUGGACCUCAAAUGUGUUAUUAUCGGACAAGCGGUGAGCUCUAUAUCGGCGGCAUCAAGUCCCACAAGUACAAUGACAACCGGUGUUUAAGUGACCUGGGGAAAAAAGAAACGGAGCCUGGCCUUCAUAACUGCAAAGAGGCUAAGCAGAAAGGAAUGGGGAUUCACUGGGACUUCACUCAGGGCAAAGAACUGAAGAACAGAGAUACAAAAAGAUGUCUGGAGAUUAAGAAUGGCGUGCUUCUAAUACAGGAAUGCUCUGGCCAAAGAUGGGAAAUCCAAAACAUAAUCAAAGCCUUUUAAAGUGUACGGCCAACAAGAAGUCCACUCCUCUGCUCAUUGAAAUAGCCUCCAUGCAGAGAAAGGCAAACAAAUCAUAAGCGGAUGGAAAAGUAAAGAAGAAAAGGACAACGAUGGUAUAAAAAGCAUGAUUCAGAAAACAAAGUGUUUCAUAGAUGAGUGAUAUAGUACAGAGGUCUAACAACGGUUACUGAAUUAUGGGUUCGUGCCAAAGUUGAGAACCAAGCCUCCUUAAACAAAUACUCCUUUAUGGUUUGACUGGUUUGAUUGGAUUCCCUAAUCAGUUUUAAACUGUUGUUGUUAGUACUUUUGUAGUUCUGAUUAUUAGAAAGAUACAGUACAACUUGUUCAGACGUCUAAUGUUGUUGGAAAUGUAUUGUAAUUGUGGGUUGUGCGUUCUGGCUAGGCUAGAUGACACAUGCAAAUACUAUGCAAUCAUUGGAGGUGUGGCUGGGUGCCUUAACAUAGUCCAAAACAAAGGUCCCACUUAUGCAGAAUGUAUGGUACUGUGUAUUACCUAAUUAUUAUAGUGUCAAGAAAAGCGAUAACCAUAUUUGGGACUUAGUUAUGGAUUUUACAGGCCAUGGGGGUUGGUAUUGCAGGCCAACAGAGUUUUGUUUGAAAUAAUGUCAAAUAUUGAUCAUUGUUUUUUAUCAUUUGGAAAUAAAGUGUAUAUAUAAAACUG